AGUCGUCUCCUUCCUUCCAGCAGGCACGAACCCAUCACCAUGCAGCCCUUCCGCGCCCUUCGCCAUACAUCGCGUGCCAUGUCCACGUUCCCGAAGCACUUUCUCUCGACGGACCAGCUCACGCCCGCGCAGUUCCAAGGCCUCAUCAACACGGCCGCCGAGUUCAAGAAGCACAACAUCAACACGGACCUCCUGAAGAACGAGACGCUGCUCAUGAUCUUCCAGAAGCGCUCGACGCGCACGCGCCUCAGCACAGAGAUUGGCAUGCAGCGCCUCGGCGGCCGCGCGCUCUUCCUCUCCAGCGACGACAUUCAGCUCGGCGUCAACGAGUCGCUCAAAGACUCGGCGCACGUCAUGAGCCGGUUUGGCUCGGCGCUCCUUGCGCGCGUCUAUGGCCAUGCCAGCGUCGUGGAGCUCGCACAGGAGGCGAGCGUGCCCGUCAUCAAUGCGCUCUCGGACAAGUACCAUCCGCUCCAGGCCCUCGCCGAUUACCUCACCGUGCAGGAGCACUUUGGAUCGGUAAAGGGACUCACACUAGCGUGGGUCGGCGACGGCAACAACGUCUUGCACGAUUACAUGCUCGCUGCGCCGCUCAUGGGAGCCAACAUUCGAAUCGCGACGCCGACAGGGUACGACGCGGCGCCUGAUGUGAUUGCCAAGUGCCAGAAGCUGGCCAAGGCAGCAGGCACCUCGGUGUUCCUCACAACCGACCCGGUCGAAGCCGUGAAGGGCGCUCAUGUCAUUGCCACCGACACGUGGGUCAGCAUGGGUCAGGAAGACGAGGCAAAGAAGCGCAUUGCGGACUUUGAUGGCUACCAAGUAACCAAGAAGAUGCUUGAGCAUGCGGCGUCCGACCAUAUCUUCCUCCACUGCCUCCCCGCCACAAGGAAGAGGUCGACGACGAAGUCUUCUAUGGCGAUCGCUCCAAGGUCUGGGACGAAGCCGAAAACCGCAUGUGGACAGUUAUGGCCGUCUUGGCCAAGCUUCUCGAGAAGAAGUAAAGCAGUGCUUGCGUCGUCGGUUGUCGUGCUAAGUCAUUGAUCGUUAACCAUCAAUUAUUCCAUACGAGGAUGAUUCUCGGGAGCCG